AUGAUUAGACAGGAAGUUUAAAAGUAUAAAGAGAUGGAGUAAAAAUUUCUAUAAGAAUUUAAUUCAAGAAAUGGAUCAUUUUUCCUAAUUUCAUCACAGUUGAGUAUUCAUCCUAUAAUUAAGAUGGUUAAAUAACUGGAAGAAGAAAGUAGGGUACGAAGAUGAACCAGAUGAUUCAAUAUCUUUGGGUAAUAUCAAUAGUGAUAUUGGAAUCAAACCAAAAUAAGUGUUAAAGUAUGAUCCAAUAGAAUCUAAUCCAUGGAAUACUCAAUUAAAACCUAAUUUAGUUGAAGGAGUAGAUUAUUAAGUAAUUGAUUCAAAUAUGUGGUAAAUUUUGAAAAAGUAAUUGUAAAUAAAUGAAUUUAGUAAUGAUAAAUAAAGAGUGGAUUUUAUAAUUGAGAGAGAAUCAUUUCUUAAUAAUGAAGGAUAAAGAUAAAUAUAAGCUUAUCUUUAAUGUAUUAAAUUUGUGCCUGUAUUCCCUUCAGCUAUGUCAAAAGUUUAAAACUAAAUGAUUGAAGGUGAAUAAUACAUUUCCCCAAAUGCUAAAAUAAGUGAUAUUGUAACUAUUCUAAGUAAAACUUUAAAAACAGUGUAAUAAUAUAAUCUAUAGAUUUAGUACAUCAUAUAAAUUUGUUACAAAAGACAAUGUUAGAAUAUAUAAAUUAGGAAAUACAUGGAAUUUAGAAAAUUUAAAGACAUUUUUAUUGUAAUCUUAUAAAGAUAAAAAAUAAUAUUAUGAAUUUACAGAUAUUGAAUUCUUAGAUCCUACACAUAAUAAAUAAAUGAAAGAUUAUAAUUUUGAGAAAGAUUAAAUCUUAUUAAUGGAUGCUAAAGAAUUAAAUAAUACAUUUUUAAUUUCAAACAAUUUAUUUGGAUAAGAAGAGAAAUGUACAAAUUGUUCAUAAUAUUAUAAUUUAACAUUUAAUUGUGCAUGCAAAAAAGUUAAAUAUUGUUCUGAAGCAUGUUUAUAAUAACAUUCAUAUUAACAUACUUAAACAUGUGAAAAAUAGGAUGACACUGAUGAAAUUUUAGUUAAUCUAUUACCAAAUCCAUAAUCUAAAUUAGGUUUAACAGGAAUAAGAAAUUUAGGGAAUACAUGUUAUAUGAAUAGUGCUUUAUAAUGUUUAUCAAAUACACCAGAAUUAUCUAGAUAUUUCUUGGAUAAUUCAUUUAAAUUUGAUAUUAAUACAUAAAAUGCAUUAGGAACAAAAGGAGAAUUUGCAUCCUUAUUUUCUUAUCUAUUAAAAAGAUUAUGGUUUGAUAAAUAAUCAUCAAUAUCACCAUUCUAAUUUAAAAGAUUAGUAGCCAAAUUAUCACCAAAUUUUGCUGGAAAUGCAUAACAUGAUGCUUAAGAAUUUAUAACAUUUACUCUUGAUUUACUCAAUGAAGAUUUAAAUAGAAUCAAAAUUAAACCAUAUGUGGAAAUUCCAGAUAAUAAUAAUAGACCUGAUGAUAUUGUAAGUUAAGAAUAAUGGGAAUGUUUCAAAAAAAGGAAUGAUUCUUUAAUUGUUGAUUAAUUAUAUGGUUAAUAUAGAUCCAAAUUAUAAUGUCCAGUUUGUAAUAAAAUUUCUAUUACAUUUGAUCCUUAUUUAAUGGUUAAUGUAACUAUACCAUAAGAAAAGAAAAAGCUUUUAGAAUUUCAUAUUAUUGAUCCUGAAAACUUAUGGUUAAGUUAAUCAGUCACUCAUUAUUAUGAACCAGAAUUAAGAUUAAAAGAAGUUUUGUAAUUUAAAUCAUAAGAAUGGUUGAAUUGUGAAUGGGAUCAAAUCAUUCUUACAUUAAGUUCUACUUUUUAAAUUGAAGAAGGUAUAUAUAUAUAAUAUUAUAAUAUAAUUAGUAUUUUUGGAUUAAAGAUUGGAAUUACUCAAAAAGUAAUUAAAAUAAGAUAAAAAAUUAUAAUUAAGAAGAUUAACAGCUCAAGAAUAACUAAUAUCAAAUGAAUCAUAAGUUCAUGUUUUAAUCCACAAUUAAAUAUAAACAAUGAAUAAUUGGAAAAAAGAUAUCAUACCAACAAUGUAUUUUAUUUUAUCUUAAAAUUAUACAUAUAAAGAAAUACAUUUGUUUUUAUUUAAUUGUUUUAAGAAUGUUUUAAGACAUUUUACAGAUUUUGAUUAAAAUUGGAUUAAUUGUGAAAAUUAAGAAGAAGUCUAUUAAUAAAAUAUAUUAGAUAAAUAUUGGAAAAUUAUGUUUAAAACAAAUUAAAGAUUUUAAGUUAAUUGUUCUUAUUGUUAUAAAGCUUAUUGUAAUGAUUGUCCACUUGAAUUUAUUGAUAAAAUAUUUGGUGAUUGUUUUUAAAGAGAAGAUAAAUUAUUACAACCAGAAAUCUAAAUUAUAUGGCUUAAACCAUGCAGAGAGAAAAUUGAAGAUGUUUAUACAGAAUAUCAAAAGAUAUUUGAUCCUAAUUAUAAGGCUCCAAUUAUCAAUAUUAACUGGGAUAAUAAUUAAAAAAAUAAUAAAUAUAAAUAGACAUAUACUUUAGAACAUUGUUUAGAAUAUUCAACUAAACCAGAAUAAUUAUAAGUGGAUAAUACUUGGUAUUGUAGUGGAUGUCAAGAUCAUGUACAAGCUUAUAAAACAUUAUAAAUCUAUAAAACUCCAAAGAUUUUAAUUUUUCAUCUUAAAAGAUUUAAAGAUUCAUAUAAAUUGUUUAAAUCUAAACUACAAACUAAUAUUAUAUAUCCUGAAAAAUUAGAUAUGACUAAUUUUGUUUUACAUUAAGGUAUAAAAAAAUAUAUAAAAAUUUAGAUAAUAAUAAUUUAUAUGAAUUAUAUGCAAUUUGUAAUCAUAUUGGUGAAUCUGGUAGUGGACAUUAUACUGCAUUUUGUAAAAAUAACGGAGAUUGGUAUAAAUUUGAUGAUUCUAUUGUCACAAAAGAAACUAAUAGUAUUGUUACUCCAAAUGCUUAUGUUCUAUUUUAUAGAAGAAUUGAUCAAAAUAAUUUAGAAUAUGAUUUAGAGGUUAAAUUAAAAUAAAAUAUUGAUUUAUUAUUAGCAGAUGAAGUGUUUAAAUAACAUCUUCAAUAACUAUAAUAAUAAAAUGAUGAGAAUAUUGAUACAUAAAAAUAACAUUAAUCAACUCUUCCUAAAUAAUAAGAAUAAAAUAAUGAAUCAUUGGUUAAAUUAGAUAUUAAUUUAGUCAAUAAUUAAUCUAGUAGUGAUACAAAUGAUGGAGAAGAUGAUGAAAAUGAACAUUGA